CAAGGCGACAUGGUGGUCGGACAUGUCUAUGAGCCCACUCAAUUCGUGAGGUCUCAGAACUGGGCUGAAGAUUCCCAAAGGAAAACACAAGAUAACUAUGCAUUUAAUAAUUGGGAUAAUGACAUCACAAAGCAAACAAAUGUAAUUAACUACGGCAAGAAUGAAUUGGACGCUUUUACUGAUGAAGACAGCUGGAAGGUCAUCGGAUCUUUCUUUAAUACCCAUGGCCUGGUCCAUCAGCAAAUCGAAAGCUUCAAUGAUUUCGUAACAUAUCGCAUGCAAGAAACUAUAGAUCAGCACCCACCCAUCGAAAUUACACCACAACCACAGUACCAUCCAGAAGAUGAACGAGAGAACAACAUUGUAUACAAGCUAAAAUUUGGCCAAUUGUCUCUCAAUAAACCAUGCGUAGAAGAAAUGGCCGGUGUGUUGAAACAUAUUUGGCCACAGGAAGCUAGGCUAAGAAAUCUUACAUACUCUUCCCAAAUUUAUGUUGACAUCGAGCAAAAAACUUACCUAAGGGACGAGAACACCAACACGGAAACUUUACAGGAGACAAUUACAUACCCAAGAAUAGAACUAGGUAGAAUACCUAUGAUGCUGAAGUCAGCAUAUUGCUGGACUAAGGAUAUAAGCGAAGAUGAUUUGGCUGAUGUUGGUGAGUGCCCAUUUGACGAAGGAGGAUAUUUCAUAGUUAAUGGAGGUGAAAGAGUCUUAAUCGGCCAGGAAAGAAUGGCCAACAAUUACAUAUAUAUUUUUAAAAAGAAGCAACCUUCUAAGUACAGCCUAGUGGCAGAGAUCAGGUCACAACCAGAAUUCUCACAAGGCACCACACCUUUCAGCAUAAUGAUGAAAUCAACAUCGGGAAUCGCAGGAAAUAGAUUUAAAAGCCAUGGACAGCUAGUCGGCUCAAUACCAUACCUCAAAUCUGAUAUACCAAUAGCAAUUCUUUUUCGAGCAUUAGGUUGUGUAGCUGAUAGGGAUAUACUACAGCGGAUAGUUUACGACUUUGAAGACAAACAGAUGUUAACUCUCAUGAGACCAUCUCUCGAGGAGACCGCCGAUUAUUCGACACAGGAAAUGUGUUUAGAUUUUAUAGGGAAGCGUGGUCCUACAGUCGGUGCACCAUUAGAAACAAGAGUUCAAUACGCAAAAGAUCUCCUUAGACAGCACUUCCUCCCUCAUGUAGGAACGGAGCCGGGAUGCGAAAGUCGCAAGUGUUACUUUUUAGGAUACAUGGUUCAUCGUUUAUUGCUAUCAAGAUUGGGUCGAAUCCCAGAGGAUGAUAGGGACCACUUCGGUAAGAAAAGACUGGAUCUUGCUGGUUCCUUAAUGGCAUCUAGUUUUGGUACCUUAUUCAGGAAAAUGGUUAAAGACACAAAGAGGAUACUACAACAGCAAAUAGAUUCAGGUAGGGAGUUUGAUGUUGCAGGAGCUGUCAGAAGUGCAACGCAAAUUACACAUGGACUGCAGUACCAGCUUCUUACCGGAAACUGGGGAAGGGAUCGUGAUGGCAAGGUUGUCAGAACGGGAGUUAGCCAAGUGCUAAACCGAUUAACGUUCGCCUCAUAUUUGUCACAUUUGCGUAGGCUCAAUACCCCUCUUGGUAGGGAAGGGAAAAUAGCAAAACCGAGACAGCUACAUAAUACGCAUUGGGGUAUGAUUUGCCCUGCAGAAACUCCAGAAGGCCAGGCUGUUGGACUGGUGAAAAAUUUGGCUCUUAUGUGUUUCAUCAGUGUAGGGACUGCAGCAUCUACUAUUAAUGAAUUCCUUUGCGAAUGGGGAAUGGACUCAUUAGAUGAAGUUCCACCAGAAGUUAUAAAAGAUAGGAUCAAAAUUUUUAUUAAUGGCACAUGGGUAGGAUGCUUUGAUGAGGCCGAAAGCCUUGUUAAAACACUACUGGAACUUCGUAGGAGGGGGAACAUUGCCGCUGAAACUAGCAUUGUUUGUGACAUCGUCUCCCAGGAAGUAAAAAUAUUUACAGAUGCAGGUAGGGCCAUGCGUCCACUGUUAAUCGUCGAAAAUGGCAAUACUCUUGCUAUUACUAAGACAGAUAUCGCAAGAUUAGAUAACAAUGAGUGCAAUUGGGAUGGUCUUAUUGAAUCAGGGGUUGUUGAAUAUGUUGAUUGCGAAGAGGAAGAAAUGUGCAUGAUUGCCAUGUUUGCAGAAGAUUUGAAAAACAAUAGCACAUAUUGCAACACCUACACACAUUGUGAAAUCCAUCCAUCUAUGAUAUUAGGUGUAUGUGCGUCAAUAAUUCCGUUUCCUGACCAGAACCAGUCACCCAGGAACACAUACCAAAGUGCUAUGGGUAAACAGGCUAUGGGUGUCUAUGCCACAAAUUUCAAUCUCAGGAUGGAUCCGCUUAGCCAUUUAUUAUACUACCCUCAGAAACCACUUGUUUGCACUCGUUCCAUGGAAUUCCUUAGAUUCAGGGAACUUCCUGCUGGAAUCAAUGCCAUUGUGGCCAUUAUGUGUUACACAGGAUAUAAUCAAGAGGAUAGUCUUAUUAUGAACCAGUCGUCGAUUGAUCGUGGCCUAUUUAGGAGUGCUUUCAAUCGAACAUAUGUUAGUGAAGAAAAACAUGUUGGGAGCACAGUUGUGGAGCGUUUUGAACGCCCCAAUCCGGCAACAUGCGUGGGAUUGAAAAGAGGAGAUUAUACAAAACUCGAUGCGGACGGUCUGGUACAGCCCGGUAGCCGUGUUCUCGGUGACGAUGUCAUUAUUGGAAGAACUUCAGCGUGUAAUGACGAAGAGGAUGAAAACCUGAGGCAAGAUUGUUCCUGUUGUCUGAGAACAAGUGAAAAUGGAGUUGUGGAUACUGUUUUGAUUUCUUCAAAUGCUAAAGGGUCCAGGUUUGCCAAAGUUAAGGUGCGAUCCAUCAGGGUACCUCAAAUAGGAGACAAAUUCGCUAGUAGGCACGGGCAGAAAGGCACCAUAGGUAUGACAUAUAGAACCGAAGAUCUACCAUUUACAUGUGAAGGAAUAGUACCCGAUAUUAUCAUGAAUCCACAUGCCGUUCCCAGCCGUAUGACUAUAGGUCACUUGGUUGAAUGCCUUGUGGGCAAGGUAGGAGCGUGCUGCGGAAUGGAAGGAGACGCAACACCAUUUUCUAAAUUGACUGUGCAACAUGUGGCGGAACGCCUGUUUGAGUGUGGAUACGGUAAACACGGCAACGAGGCAUUGCACUGUGGGUUUACAGGAGAAAUGAUCGUCAGCAAGAUAUUUAUCGGCCCGACUUAUUACCAAAGGCUGAAGCACAUGGUGGAAGAUAAAAUACAUGCUAGAGCCAGAGGACCAGUUACUAUGCUCACCAGACAACCCACCGAAGGUAGGUCAAGAGAUGGAGGUCUUCGUUUUGGUGAAAUGGAACGCGACUGUAUGAUUUCUCACGGGGCGGCUAAAAUGCUUAAAGAAAGGCUCUUUGACCAAAGCGAUGCCUUCAGGAUUCAUGUUUGUGACAGAUGCGGCCUUUGCUGCGUAGCUGAUCUGAAUCGGAACAACUUCGAAUGCACGGCUUGCGACAAUAAGACAAAUAUAUCGCAGGUGACAAUUCCAUAUGCCUGUAAACUUUUAAUCCAAGAACUUAUGGCAAUGGCUAUUUAUCCAAAACUGCUGCUCACUCCGGCAUAAGUGGCGCACACCUAAUGCCCUGUCACUCAAUAUGUGCAAAGACGCGCGAAUCAGUG